AGAGAGAGAGAGAGAGAGUGUGUUUAUGUCUCAGUGUGUGACGAAUAAGAGGGAAAAGGGUAGCGCUUUGGCACACAACAAAGCGCCGGGCUGACUGACGCUGAAAGAGUGAGCAGAUCCGGAGAAAGAGUCCGCUCCCAGGGAUGACAGCACACCAGAGGAUCUACUUCACGUCUUUAAGCUGAAGUUUCAGUGCGUCACAGAGGAAAGGGGGACAUCUGCUGUCAAGUUUCCUUCGAUUCAAAGCGUUUUACUGCAAAAAUGCAACGACCAGGCGGGCAGGGGACUGCGUUUUCAAUCGACUCUCUGAUAGGAACCCCUCAGCCCAGGCCGGGACACCUCCUGUACACGGGCUAUCCCAUGUUCAUGCCCUACAGACCUUUGGUUAUCCCCCAAGCUCUGUCCCACUCGUCUCUGUCGUCUGGUAUUCCUCCACUCGCGCCUCUGGCUUCCUUCGCGGGACGGCUUACCAACACGUUCUGUGCCAGUUUGGGACAAGGGGUCCCGUCCAUGGUUGCGCUCACCACCACCAUGCCGAGCUUCUCGGAUCCCCCUGAUAGCUUUUACCCGCCACAAGAGCUGCCCGGUCCGCGUUUGAGCGCCGCCGACCCUGGAGCGAGACGGCAAGAAAGUCCGCACUCUGACGAGCUGCACAGCCGGGACAAGAGCUCCGAGCUGCUCAACUUCUCAGAAACUUUUCAAACAAUAUCAGGUGAGACUAAAUUGUACAGUUCAGACGACGAGAAGCUGGACCUAAAAUCAGCGGACACGGUGUGCAGCGACAGAGAGGACAGCUCCGCGGACAGCGAGAACGAAAGUUUCUCGGACGGGAACAACUGCGGGCCUCUGUCCCAGAAGGGCAAACUAAAAACCGGCUCUCAGGAGCCGCUCCCGAGCGGAGGAUCGGCUGGGAAGAGCCGGAGGAGACGAACAGCUUUCACGAGCGAGCAGCUGCUCGAACUGGAAAAGGAGUUUCACUGUAAAAAAUACCUUUCUCUGACUGAGCGCUCGCAGAUCGCGCACGCGUUGAAACUGAGCGAAGUGCAGGUGAAGAUCUGGUUUCAGAACCGCAGGGCCAAGUGGAAACGGAUCAAAGCCGGAAACGUGAAUAACCGGUCUGGAGAACCGGUGAGAAAUCCUAAAAUCGUCGUCCCCAUCCCGGUGCACGUCAACAGGUUCGCAGUGAGGAGUCAGCAUCAACAGAUAGAGCAGGGGACAAGACCAUGAACUCAGAGAAAGCAGAAACAUCUCAUCAGAAGAAAAACUCUAACUGAAUUUUUAUUUUUGUUGUUUAGCAUGAAGAACAAAAAGGGAGGAUUCAGUUAUUUGGUCUGAGAGGUGAGAAUUUGCUCACAGAUAAAUUAUUUGUGCUUUCAUUUUUUAUUUAUUUGUCUUGUGAAUAUGUAAAUAGAAAAUGUGCACUAUAAGAUGUGACUGUAAAUAUUUUUUAAGUAUUUAUAUGUAGGGCCAAAACGUUCUGUUCACUAUGUGCAUGUCCUCAUUUGGUGGAGAUUUCUUUUCUGUUUUGUGUUUCGUACAGUUUUACAUUUGCAUGUAACUGGAGCGGUUUCAGCUCGAUUGGCUCAGAUGUAGGAAGCACAGGAGAAUUUAUGUUUGGGGAUUUGAAAUAAAAACAUGUGAGGAAAUUCUGACACAAGGGACAACUGUAAAGUAUAUUUGACCUAAUAAAUUGCUUUAUAUGAAAACUGGGAUCCAGUUUGGAUUAUUAUUUUUAUUAAUAGAUGACAGGUUCUAUUUAAAAACAUUCUUCUUUCCUGAAAAGUGGGAUUUUAUUUGUGAAAACAAAAACAAAGUUGAUCAAAUUCAACACAUU